GAGGAGACGAAAGAGAAAAGAAGGUCCAGUAGCUGUGAUCAGUGGUGAGGAAGACUCUGCCAGUCCUCUUCAUCAUGUCAACCAUGGGAUUAUUACCCCCUGUACUCUGGAUGCGGGUCCUGAUGCGGUUGUCAUAGGGAUGACUCGUAUUCCUGUGGUGGAGAACCCUCAGUACUUCAGACAUGGACACAACUGCAAUAAGCCAGCCACCCUUGUCCAACAUAUAAAGCGGAGAGACAUCAUCCUGAAAAGGGAGUUGGGUGAAGGAGCUUUCGGUAAAGUGUUCCUGGCAGAGUGUUACAACCUCAGCCCCACCAAGGACAAGAUGCUGGUGGCUGUCAAGACACUGAAAGAUCCCAACCUGUCGGCAAGAAAGGACUUCCAGAGGGAGGCAGAGCUGCUGAGGUUGCAGCACGACCACAUCGUUAAAUUCUACGGAGUGUGUGUAGACGGAGACCCUCUCAUCAUUGUGUUCGAAUACAUGAAGCAUGGAGACCUCAACAAAUUCCUCAGAGCCCACGGCCCAGACGCCAUGAUUCUGGUAGACGGCCAACCACUGCAGUCCAACGGAGAGCUGGGUCUUUCCCAGAUGCUGCACAUCGCCACCCAGAUUGCCUCGGGCAUGGUCUACCUGGCCUCCCAGCAUUUUGUUCACAGAGAUCUGGCAACCCGCAAUUGCCUGGUGGGCAAUGGCCUGCUGGUUAAGAUUGGAGACUUCGGCAUGUCCAGGGACAUCUACAGCAGUGACUACUACAGGCGUGACAGCUGGGCCAGUUCGGACUUUGCUGGGGGCCACGCCAGAAGUUAUGAAGUACUUGCCUGCUGGGUUGGAGGACAUACCAUGUUACCUAUUCGCUGGAUGCCCCCGGAAAGCAUCAUGUACAGGAAAUUCUCCACGGAAAGUGACGUCUGGAGCUUUGGAGUCAUCUUGUGGGAGAUCUUUACCUAUGGGAAGCAGCCUUGGUUUCAGCUGGGUAAUAACGAGGUUAUUGAGUGCAUAACCCAGGGUCGGGUUCUGGAGAGGCCACGGAUUUGUCCUAAGGAGGUGUAUGACAUCAUGCUGGGCUGCUGGCAGAGGGAACCACAGCAGCGACUGAACAUUAAGGACAUUCAGAAGGUCCUGUUCGCCAUGGGAAAAGCCACACCGGUCUACCUGGACAUCCUGGGCUAGCAGCGGCCGGGGGGGUGGCCCGUUCUUCGCCAGACAGACAGAUCGACAGAGACAGACAGACAGACUGACCCACACAAAUCCAGGAAUAACCAAACCAACCUGUUCCACUGUCGAAAAAAACACCUACAAUGUUUUGGAAGGACUUAAGUGCCUGCAACACUUUUGGAUAUAGUGGAUAAAACGUAUUCAAAAAACACGCACUUUUACAUUUUGUUUACUUGCGCAUAAGAUGUACAGGUUUGAAGAAGACUUUUUUUCCUCAAAAAACUGCAAAAAUACACCGAAAUGGAGACGAAAAGAAAGUAAAGUGGACUGGCAAUAGGAAAAUGACCACAGUUUGAUUAUAUUAUGGAGAGAACACAUCAGAGUUAGAAUCUAUCCUGGGUUUGUUUUAUGAAUAUAUAUAGAAAUAUUACAUAUAUUUUAUAUUUAUUUCAUUUUGUCAGGGUGUUGAAGGGUCUGCCAUGUGUGUUGCUAAGGGCUCGGCCCUGUCUGAAGACGUCACGGACAGACUCUUGGCAGGGACUUGUCGAUGGUAGCCUUACUUGCACUCUGAUUGGCUGGCACUGAGCUUUUAAUGGGAACUUUGCCUCUGUGGAAUAACACUGGAGGGUUGACAGGAAGGAGCGCUCCGUAGAGGCCCUACCCAAUCAGACAACUGACAAAUCUAUUUUAAUUUAAAAACAAUGUACAUAUUGUAAAAUUCUAUGUGUCAAAAUUAUGUUAACUUAUUUUUUCGCGUGUUAUUUUGGUUCCUUUUCUGACUGUGAUCUGGGUGGGUAAAGUAUAAAGCUAUGGUAUUUGUUUUCAUCCUAGUCUAGUGGAGAUUUCUCUUGGGAAUUACCUGUGUCAGUGCUGGUAAGUUGUCUUAUGUUGUGAAGGUGAAUGGCAGUGAAUACUGUUCGAAAAAUCCACUGACACUGAAUCAUAGAGACUGCAGAAUUGGGGACAACUUGGAGCCAUCAACACGACACUUUUCCGAAGAGGUGAUGAAACCUCAUAUUCACUUUCCAGUUCAUUUGCUUUUUAUGGCAAGAAUAAUGUGUUGAGAGAAAAAAAAAUACACCACACCCCUCCAACACAUAGAUACGCUUUGAGAAACUGUUCUGUCAUUUUUAGGCUUUUUGGUGUGAAGCUGCUUUUCCACUCUAAAGAAAACAUUUUUGUAACUGGAAGUAUAAAUCAUUCACAAGUGUGUGCCUCGCAUACACAGCCUAAGAAGAGUAAAAAAUAAAAUCUGCGAAAUAGGUUUACUCUUUACUAUGAGCAAAUCAACACCACUCACAUAUCUGUCAGCUAAAUAUGAAGCGACAGCAUAAAGACUGGAAACAGGGUUAAACCGUUAGCCUCGCUUUCUCCACUUACCAGCACCAGUAACGCUGAUUAACUAACCUGUUAAAUCUCUUUCAAAAGCACAUUGACAUUUAAAAGCAAUUAACUAAAAACCCAGUCUUCGAAUUUGAGCCGUACACAUAAUUAAAUACAUGCUAAAUUAUAAUAUCAUCAUUUUAUGAGCGAUAGAUUGAGUAGUAGUAAUAAGUUUUUCACAGCCAAAAUGUCUACUAGACGAUGGGCUAGCUAGGCUUGGCUCUCUAUGUCCUGUUUGUUUCAUCUGUACAUAAACCGAGGUGUAAAAAGUAACCUCUGUAAAGGCUUCACCUUUACCUAUGGUUUUGUUAAGAUUUAACACUUCAAAUAUAACAUGUUAAUUGCUGAGCUUUAGAGGUGCUGAUAGGCAGAUUUUGUUACCUUAGGACAGAGCCAUGCUAGCUGUUAUCCCUUGUUUCAGGUCUUUGUGUGAAUAAGCUAACCGGCUGCUGGAAGUAGCUUCAUAUUUACUGUACAGACAUGAGAGUGGUAACGCUUUUCUCAUCUAACUGUCAAGGAAGCAAAUAAGUGUAUUUUUCGACAUUUUAGGUUAAUACCAUAGGAAUCCUGUCGCUUCACAGGCUGAGAAAAGAAACACUAUGGCUUCUUCCCUUGCAUUUCCUUUACAAGAACAAAAGAAGGACACUUUUUCUUUUUCAUCAGCUGUACAUGACUCACAGUCACGCUUUUCUUCCUCGCACUCGUGGCCUUUGCAUGUUUAGCAGUGAUGAGGUUUUACACCCGUCUGUUGCUUUGAUAAAAACCUCUUCUGUUACGACCAGAGAGGAGCCACUGAAGCAGGUAGAUACUUGUGUUGAUUUAUGGGCGGUCCAUCAAAAAUAAUAAUCACUCUAAUGGAUCAGCUAAUUGUGUGGUAUUACGCGUUCCAUAUUUUUGAUAAUUACAGUAUUUAAUGAACUGGAAAACAUGACAAGAGUUUUGUUCCAAAAUGUGAGAGAAAAACAUGACCCCAAAAAAGCUUAACAGCGAAAGAAAAACUAAAACCAAAUGAUAUUGCUUUUAAAGAAUAGUUCAUCAUUAAGUACUCAGUUGACGAAUUAAGUUCAUUUUUACAGAGUGGAUCCUGUAGAUUGCUCCGUCACUGAAUGAUAAACCUCAGGCAACGAUUUUAUUUUAUGUUGUGUCUGGAUAUAUAGCGUUUUGGAGUGGAACUCUUCACAUCUCUUCCUUAUUCUUCCUAUUAUCUUGCUGACAUAAAUUCUCACAGUAUCACAGUGUUGUCUCUGUUCCCCUUGGGACUAUGUAAAUCAUUAUUUCAAGUAUUUUAUAUGAAAGGCAGGAUCAAAUCCAACGAGUUACCCAAAGCAUUCAGUUUUUGUGUAUUCUCUUGUGGUAAAGAUAAACGCUUAAAGACCGUGAGCAUUUGCAGGGUAUUGUAAUCCUUUCAUGGUGAGUUGAAUAUUGUUUUCAAAGUUUUCUUUUUUUUUUCUUUUUUUGGACAAACUAACUGAACACUUUUUGAAACAAAGUUGGCAUAUUACCAUGUACACGUUACAGAAUAUAAAAAUGUGGUAUAACAACUGCAGUAUAUAAAAUACUGGUAUUCCAUGAUAGAUCUUUGUAUUAAUGUGACUCUCUUAAGAAAAUGUCUUCAAACAAUCAGAUGAUCUCCUUUUCC